CAACGCUGCUAUGCGACCGGACGGCAAGCGGCGUCGGCUGUAUGAAGAACGCGCGCGCGCGCUUUGUCGCUGGAUCGCGUUCCUCCGUGUAACGGUCGACUUUUGUCGCCGUCGUCGUCGUCGCCGCCGCCGCCGCCGCCGCCGCCGCCGCCACCGCCACCGCCGCCGCUUGUCACUCGAGGAAGGCCGCGAAAUCACUUGACGUCAGCGUUAACGCGAUGUAAGCGUGUGCGUCCGAUGACCGCGCUGCCAAGUAAGCAGGCGAUCGAGCCCCGCGCGCGCGCGUCCCGUCUCGUCUCCUGUUUGUAUAUGUUAUACCGCGCGCCCCGACGACGUUCGUUUUGCUCGUUGCGCAAACGAUAAACUUCCUCGAAAGUGUCGGACUGUCUCUGUCGAUCACUCGCCUUGGCUGGCUGGCUGCUUCGCUCGCGUUCGGAAAGUGCCCGAGGCUGCAGCCCGAGUCGCAUAUUUUCGCUCGGCGACAAGCGCGGCCGGUCGCGCUCGCGGAGAUUCUUUGUCCGUGGCCGGGGAGCAACGGCCUGAGAAGAAUGGAAUAGAGUUCCAAACGUUGUGCGCGAUUGACCUGAAAGAAUGCGCGCGAUUGCUACCUGAGAGAAUACGAUUGAGUUGUUCCUAGUGCGCAGUGUAAGUCUCGUGGUCAGCGACAGAGUGGACAAAGCGGGCUACACGAACUCUGACAGACAUAAAUGGGUUUGCGCCAGCGGAGGCAGCGGGGGACCACGCUCGCUCAGAAGCGUAGAAGUCACAACGCCUACUCCUACACCCCCGACGCCGCUCCUUAGCUCUGAAUGCCCCUCGUCCAACUCUGCUAAUCUACGGGGUCAAACUACCCAGAGAUCUAAAUCGCGGGUGGAUGCAAUGUUGGAACGUGCUCUGACACAGCCGCAACAGUGUUCCGUGGAUCUACUAGACAACGCCCAGAGUUGGGGUAUUCCUAUCUGGUCGACGGAUAAACUUCAGACUUGGCUCGAAAAGAUCUAUGUAUCUUUCCAUGAGGAGUAUAACCUGAAGCAUCUGAAGCAGGCCAAUCAGUAUAACCCAGAGAAAGAUUUGAAAGUUAAGCAUCUGAAAGGAUCGUACGUCAAAUUCGAGUCCUUUCGCAGGAAUACUAGACCAGUGUUUCUGGAAUUAUCAGCGUGGCCGACCUUAAACUUCGACGGCGACCCAGGCUCGUGUCCUUUUGACACGAAGAAGCAGGAAAGGCAGGCGAGCAAAUUAAUUGGCAAAGAGGUCAAGGAGAACAAGAAGAAUAUUGAAUAUACAAAUAAGGAGGAGCAGGGUAAAGAAAUGACUCGGAGACCCCGCGCAACUGCUGCACGUGCCCGUAGAACGGAACAGUUGGUCUCUGGUUACUGCGAGAUUUGUAGUACUCAUUAUGACGAUCUGACAAAGCACGUGCAAACCGAGCAACAUGUAAACUUCGCGCGGAACGACGAUAAUUUUUUGUCGUUGGACAGGUUAAUCAAUGCAGGCGCUAAUGUGGAAGCAUUCUUGAAACUGAACGGAACGAAGGAUAUCGAAAAAGACUGCAAUUUGUUCCCCAAUGAAGAUAAUAAUCUCCACAAUGUAGUACUGCCCGAAGAGAAGGUAACCAAAAACACCAAGACUUUAAGUAAUUUUAGUGUUGAUGAAAUAAAAAUGGUGCAGUGUAAUGGUGCACGCAGGAACCUUAAUCUAAAGUUAAGCUCACCGCACAAUCUACGUGCUCGUACGAAACACGAAAGCGGCCACCUCCUAAGAUCUAAAGGCAGCCCAUGGCACGAGGUCGAAAAGAACGACAAGUUUUACGACAAGUUCGAGGGCUGCAUUAUCAAGAAACGCACAAAGGGCACUAUCUGGAUCGCAGAGGAGGAUACAGAGGAUAAGUACACGGAGGACAUUCUAAAGGAGUCCAAGCAGGAGGACUAUAAGAUCAAACCGUUCUCGAAAGAUCUCGACGAAGUGUACCACAACAAGGAAGAUAAUAUCAACAGCAAGCACAGCAAUUCCGAUCCGCCAAAUCUGCAACAAACGGUUGUGCACACGCAGAACUGCAUCAUAAAUUCGCAUCGUAUAUCGGAAGACGCGAAUUAUCUGAAGAGUAAAGAUCACGACAAACGCAACGGCGAUGAGAACUCUGGCCCCUUCGAGUGUGCGAUAAAUAAGAAAGAUGUAGUCGGGAAUAAUUUUAUCGUAAAUAUAUCCAAGUUGUGCAAUGACGAGACCAUCCACAGGGACAGUUGCGCAUUGCAAACGAUGGAUGCGAGAAAGUUUUCGGACGAUGCUGCAUUCAUCGACACGUCCGACAUCGUUUGCAACGGACACAGCCGCAAAGUUGACCACACAAAGACGUUGCAAGGGGAGCACACCAGGUAUGCGAAGUCCAAGCAUCAUCCACGAACCGGUCGAAGAGGCGGCAGAAACAUCAGAGGACGGCAUCGGUUAUCGGUAGAGGAGCGUCUGAUCGAAGACAAUCGCGCUUAUUACAAAGUCGAGGUACUGGGAAACAAAUUGCGAUCGAGCGCGAUACCAAGUGGUAAUUCGCAACACGCGAUCGCCAAAGACGGUGACAAUGAGAUGAAGAAGGAGGAGGCGCCGUCCAGUGAGAAACCGGUAGUUGUUAGAUUCAAACGCGUAAGGAAGUCUGAACUGUCAUUGCUCAGUGACGAGGCGGAGUCCUUUAUGUUUGGUGAACCGAAACGGGACGAUUCCAGCGAUAUUAGUUACGGUGACCAGAGCAGCGUGCUGCCGAGGGAUACCGAGAGCGAAGCGAACGAAACGAGAGCGUCACCGAGUUCGCCGUCGUUGAUUUCUAGUUCGCCAGUGAAACAAGAGGUUACCGAGGAAGACUCGCAGGACUCUGUACAUCUCGGUCGAGCAAGAAAAAGAAGACGUACGCAGGCUGAGGCGUUCAUCAAGGACAACACCGAUUACUAUAAGUUCGAAACGCUGGGUAGCAGAUUGAGGUAUCAAGCUCCAUUGACCGGCAUCAAGGACGCCGUGGACGAUGGCGGAGAACGCAUGAAGAAAUCGUCGGAGACGGAAGCUGGCGGCAACAGACCGCAGGCGUACUGUGACGAUGUGGAGAAGAUUUAUCCGUCCAAACCGUCAGCGGAGAUUGAGAAGAUGCAGUUCUCCUUUGAAGCAGUACCGCAAUCCGAACCGUGGUAUCAAACUUACCAACGUCAGGAUACGGGCGCGGAGUACUGGCACUGCUUCAGCGAGAAUGACUCCAUGAAGCCGUUUUUACUGCCAUAUGAGAUCGAAAAUUUUUCCGAGACCAUGCUGAAGAACUUGAACGGCCGAAUUGAAGGUAAGAAGAGAGGUCGCGGACGCGGCGUUGGCUGUGUGGGUCGCUCGCCGAGAAAAAGCCCACGUUGCCACGCGUCCACGUUGGCCAUAAUGUCUACCAUUAUUCGCAAGAGAGAGCAGCAGCAGCAGACGCCGGCUUCAACUCUGUAUACGAUAGAGGAGUCGCCGGCAGCCAGAUCGCGUACGAAUACACCUCGACCAGAGCAGAAGCAGGAUGCGAAAAACAAAACUUCGGAGGUCGACGAGGAACUAAAGGAGAUGGCGAGAACGAUCGACGAGAUGCUGAGCGCGAAAGGUAUGACGGAACUUGAUGGCUCGUUCGAGCCAGACGAGCAGAUGCAGACCGACUUUUACGAGUCCAGCGUGCCGAAGGGCGCGCCGUCGAAUCUACUGGAGCUGCUCGACAACUGUCACGACAUCGUCAACUGCUUAGAGAACUCGUCGUGCGCCAGCUCAGAAUGCGGCGAAGGCAAUCCAGAGUGUCCGCUUAAGCGACGGAAACGACGGAAAAAUCGGACCGGUUGGCCUGACAAUAAGAUGAAGAGGAAACUGUCGAGCAAUAAUAGCAGUAAAGUCUUGACGGACAGCGCGUACUGCGAACGGAAAACAUUGUUAGACAAGCGGCUUUUCUCGAACAACGGCAGCUCGACCGAGCGACGGACGCUGGUCGUGUCUAACGGAUUGUCGGAGCAAAACGAUGCUCACGCGCUUACUACGUUAAGCAACGUCGCGGCGAUAUCGAACAGCACGGAACGGUUCAAUGUGAAGAGCGAAAUUGAUGUCCCGCCACUGGAUACCUGUGCUUCCACCGCGUCUCACAAAUUAUGCUAUGAGACCUUCGCGAAAGGAGACAAGAGCAUAGAAACCAGCGAUACGGGACUUCCGGCGAGCACGGACGACGGCUAUGUGGAAUCGUCAGUUUCGCAGAAUACGAUGUGCAAGGACGUCGCGACGGACAAUAGGAAAUGUUAUUCGUCGAGUAAGGAAUACCACCCGUACAAGAAAGAACUGUCUGAAAUCGAGGAGAUCUCCGAGAACGACCCAGGCAACAACGAGAAUCAGCUCUCUUCGUCCUAUCGGAAAGACGUCGCCAACACGUUGACGAUCGCCGAGAGGAACUUUAUCACGAAGGCGCCCGUAAGAAAACGCGGUCAACGUGAACAUGCCGCCACGUCGGAAUUGGCCUGCACGGAGUUGCGCACGGAGAUCGAGAACCACGACAACCUGUUGGCAUGUAGGAAGGACGCAGAAUCUGGUAUAGUAGUUCCUAGGAAGCACCACGAGCUCUCGCCGAAGCGACAGCAGCAACAACGACGCCGUAACUCCGAGAACACCGACGGCCCGACGGAUAUAUCGUUGUUGGAGGAGCGUCACCACGGUGUCGGCUUGUGCAGGCGUAGGCGCGUUGGUUCGCGGAAACGCAUCUACGCGUCGAGAAGACGGCAAUCGAGGCCGCCGGCCGCCGCGAACCUUUCGUCGUCCGAUGUCGCGGCGGCGAUGUACGAGGACGAGAACUGUAAAAAGGAUUCCUACCUGAGUAUUACGUGUAAUAAUAAGAAGCAGCAACCGACUACGACCGCCCCUACCACCGCGGUACGCGUAGGCGUGAAGCGCAAAAGCGAAGCCGUCUCGUCGGAGUCCGUCCAAGAGUCCGACGUGGACUGCGGCACUCCGCUGUCGGAGCGCAUUAGUCCGCCAGAAUUGUCGCCGGUCGAUUUGGGGCAGCGUCGUUCGAGCAUCGACUUUCAGCCAGUCGUGCGGAUGAUGAAGCUCGACGAUCAGGUGGACAUUGAUCACAGCAGUAUUCUGUCGGUGACGGUGGCGAGCAACAGACGGCUGAGAAGUUCCGCCAUGUCGCGAUCGAGCACGGCCAAACCGGUAAAGAAGCGCCUCAAGUCUGGUCGCGGUCAGUUCGGCCGGUGGCUGAAAAACAGCUGAAGACCCGAACAACGAUCGAAUGGAGAACUCUACUUCGGCUUAAGUCUUGUAAUCGCGACUCGGUCAAGCGACAAUGGCAAAGUAGUCGACUCACCCGUCGCCGCUGUGGUGUACAUUGUGUAUAAAAAUAUUAUUUGUGUACGUAGAAUAGUAUUUAACAUCGCUGACACACUAUAGAAUUCUCUCUCUUUCUCUCUCAGUCUCUCUCUUUAUCUUUUUAGUGAUACCGUUUUACUUAGUACCGUUCUUCCCGGUGAUUAGUUUUAACGCUGCCUAAACGGUAUCCCCUACACUAUACAUUUGUUAGAUGCGGUCUUUGUGUUCUCGGAAACAGAUGCUCCAGGUUUAUCUUUUUCCAUUCAAUUUAACAUUGUAUCACUUCUUUUUGUCUCUUCUUUCCCUUUUUUUCUAGUUUUUUCCCCUCUUUCGCAUUAGACAAUUGUGCAUCACUCGAUGAUGAUAUAACAGAAUCGUUUCGUUCUCGUAUCAUAGUAUAUCGAAGAUUGUUUCUACGUAGAGUGUAUUAUAUUUUAGAGUACGCAAGACUGCAUACAGCUUUAUGACAGUGUAAUCAUUUCUGUAUGAUGCGCAUUACUGAAUCUUUUGAUUCUCCCAGCGGAACUAUCCGUAUACUUUAUUUCAAGUAAACCUAUUGUAAGUCUCAUGAGUUCAGAAAGAGAAACACAAUUAUUAUUAAAGAUACGAAUUUUCCAUUAAAAUAUA